AUGCUUAAUUUGACGUCGGCGCCGACUUUUGCAAUUCGUCCCGAACUGAGCUCGUGUUUCACGCCACUGUCACGAAUCAACAUCGCUCGGCCUUCGCUUUCCGGUCUAAGUGGGCAUUCACAGACAGUUCACAUGAUGCAAGUUGGCACGGUUGCUGUCCUCCUUACUUGGUGGAGGACAUGUCUGCCUGCCUACGGCAGCCAGGGAAAUCGGACGGCAAAACAGUCAAUGUGCCACAUGCCAUCCACGGCAAAGAGGACUCAGAACAUGUCCGACAAGGCAUGGUACCUCGGUUGA